CCUUCGACUCACUCACUCACACACACACCGAUACUGAAGCAGACGAGAUGAAACUGCUGCUGCUUGCGGCUGCUUUUCUGGCUGUGGCCAGCUGUGCGAGGAUCUCUCUGGAGGAUCUGGAGUUCCAUGCAUGGAAGCUCAAGUUUGGUAAGUACUACAGCUCUCCGUCGGAGGAGUCUGUACGCAAGACCAUCUGGCUGAGCAAUCGUCGACUGGUCCUUGUGCACAACAUCAUGGCCGAUCAGGGCAUCAAGUCCUACCGCUUAGGCAUGACCUUCUUUGCCGAUCUGGAAAACGAGGAGUACAAGCGGCAGGUUUCCCAGGGAUGUCUGCUGCACUUCAACAAGACUAUCCCUCGGGGCGGUUCCACAUUCCUGCCACUGCCCCAUGGAGCUGACCUACCACACACUGUGGACUGGAGGAACAAGGGAUAUGUCACUGACGUCAAGGAUCAGAAGCAGUGCGGCUCUUGUUGGGCCUUCAGCACAACGGGGUCUUUGGAGGGUCAGACCUUCAGGAAGACAGGCAAGCUGGUGUCUCUGAGCGAGCAGCAGUUGGUCGACUGCUCUGGCGACUUUGGCAACAUGGGAUGCAUGGGAGGCCUCAUGGAUGACGCCUUCCAGUACAUCCAGAGUAAUGGGGGAAUUGACACGGAAGAGUCCUAUCCUUAUCAGGCUGAGGACGGAAAGUGUCACUACAACCCAGCCAAUAUCGGCGCCACAUGCACAGGUUACGUUGACGUGAAAGAAGGUGACGAGGGCGCAUUGAAGGAGGCUGUGGCUACAGUCGGCCCUGUGUCGGUCGCCAUUGAUGCUUCACAUGAAUCUUUCCAGCUUUAUGAAUCAGGUCUGUAUGACGAGCCAGAGUGCAGCAGCUCUGAGUUAGACCACGGAGUGCUGGCUGUAGGUUACGGCACUGACAAUGGACGUGACUACUGGCUGGUCAAGAACAGCUGGGGUCUACAAUGGGGCGACAAGGGCUACAUCAUGAUGAGCAGGAACAAACACAACCAGUGUGGAAUUGCUACUGCAGCUAGCUACCCCUUAGUGUGA